AUGCCAAAAAACCUGGAAUCCGUGGUUCAUGAAGCUGGAUCUGCCUACUCGGAAGGACGAUAUCAAGAAGCACGGGAACUCUACGAAUCUGCACUUCUAACGAAUCCCAACAACGGAAUUCUACAUGCCAACCUAUCAGCGAUUCUUCUGAAAAUGAAUUUGGCUGAAAAUUCCUUAAAACACUCGGAAAUCGCGGUUAGGCUGUGUCCAACAUGGGCAAAAGCACACUAUCGAAGAGGUGAAUCCCUGAAACACGCUGAAAGAGUGCUCGAAUCGAUUCUAGCGUAUUCCAAUGGAAUCAGACUGGAUUCUACGAAUUUUCAAAUUCUGAAAAGUCUCAAAGAGGCGAUUUUCUCAUUUUACGGGUGCAAAUUCCCUUGGGAAAAUUUGAAAGUGCUGAAAUUGGAUGAAGAUGUUCCAACAAUUCUGGCAACACUUGGACAAACGAUUCUAGCGGAUUCCAGAGAUGGAAAAGCGAAUUUUGAGGAAUCCCCAAAAAUCGCGGAAAUUCGCGAGAAUUUGGCUGAAAUUGCUGAAAUUUUGGACGAUUUCCACGUGGCGAUUGAGCAGAGGAGGCAUUUGGAAAGGAUUUAUCGGACCCCGGAAUCAACUCUAAAGCUCUGCGAUGUCUACCUAAAAGCUGGAAUUCCAGAGAAAGUGUUUUUGAUUCUCGAAAAUUCGAAUUUUAAAGCUGAGCAAUGCUCAUUGCUCAUCGCACGAGCACACAUAUCAAAAGGAGAUCACAAAGAGGCACUUCGAUUGCUCAUUCCAGAAUUUUCUAAAAAUUCAAAUUUCGAACUAAUCGAUACCAUCAAUCAAUGCUUUCUGGAUUUGGAUGAUCUGAAUUCGUCCAUUGAAUUUUUGAAUUCAAUUUUAAAACGAAAAAAUUCGGACAAAUCAGAAAAAUCAGGAGAUUUGCUACUCCACUGUUACUGUCUUCUUUGCCAAACCCAAAUCACAGCUGGAAAUCUGGAAACAGCGCUGAAAAUCGCGAAAUUUGUCUUAAAGUUGGCAAAACAAUCUGAAAAUCUGAAAAUCCACGAAGCGAAUGCUUUUCGACUUUUGGCUAUAAUUUAUGAGCAUCAAAAGGAUUUUGGAUCCUCAAUAAUUCUGUGGAAAAAAUAUUUGGACCCGGGAUUUCAGACAAUUCUAACGAACUCUGAAAAAUUGAGGGGAUUUCUUCAAAUGACAAGAAUUGCGCAGAAUGAGACGGUUAAUGAGGAUGUGGGACACAUUUUUGAUAAAGCUGAGCAAUUGGUCAAAAAAUGUUCCCGCUCCUCAGAAAAAGUCGCCUUCUAUUCCGCAAAGUUUCGAUGGCUCCAAUCAAUAAAAUCCGAGGAAAAUGAAUCGAAAAAAAUUCUGGAAAUUUUGGAAAGUUUGCUGAAAUCCGAACCAAAUUUGGAUUCCAAAUCGAAAUCUUUAAUUUUUGAGGAUUUAGCAAGACCAAUUUUGGCGCCAAAUUCAAAUUCAAAUUUAAAAUCGACGAUUCUGGCGCUGGAACAGAGUUUAACCGAAGCCCAAGACGCCAACGAUUUGUAUCGAGAAGCUGGAAUUUCAGAGAAAAUUGGGAAUUUUUUUGCUGACAAUUUCAGCCAAAAUUCCAGCCAAACCGAUCAAAAAUUGGCUGAAAAGUACUAUAAUCAACAGUUGGAAGUGGGAAAACAGCUGAAAAACGCCAAAAUGAUGGCUGAUUCGCAUGCCAACGUGGCAAGGCUGAAAUUUCAGAAUUUGGAUUUUAAAGGCGCAUGCGAGCAUGCGAGAUGUGCUCUGACUAUUUUUAAAUUGGCCAUGGACAACGAACAAAAGCUGGAUAUGCUCAUUUUGUUGGCUGAAGCUGAAAUGGAGAGAAACAAUCUGGAAAUCGCGUUAUCGGCAAUAGAAAAAUCGAUAAAUCUGGCGGAAGACUGCGAAUCGAAUGAGAAAUUGGCGAAAUCCUAUCGAUUGAUUGCUGAAAUUUAUGAAAAAUCUGGAAAAAAUGAAGAGAUUUCGAUUCAAUUUGUGAGAAGACAUAUCGAUUUAUUUGAAUACGAAAAAUCGAUAAAUCGAAAGUGGAAAUCGCUGAGAGAUUUGCUGAAAUUCGAAAUUUCCAGAAAAAUCGAUAAUUCUGGAAAUAUUGAGAAUAUUUUAAAAAUUAUGACGAUUCAACUGGAAUUAGAGGAAUCCCAACUACUGGAAAUCGCUGAAAUCCUAUCUGAAAGUCCAGCUCAUCAUUCAUUUUUUCUGAAACUUUUGAAUUUUUUAUCAAAUUUGCCGAAAAUUAAAAAUGUCGAAAAAUGUCUGGAAUUCGCGAAAUUUCAGCCUGAAAUUUUGCUGAAAUUCAAAAAUUUAAUAAAAAUGGAGGAUUUGAUGAGAAAUUUGGCAGUUUUCGUACCGAAUCUGGCUGGAAAUGAGGCUUUCAAAGAUUCUAAUGUUUUGGCAGAAAUUUCUGACCUAUGGAAGACGGACCAACAAUAUUUGAAUUCUGAGAAAAUGGAAAUUUUUGCCCAAAUCAAAAUAUUUCCACUCGAGACCCAAACCAGGAUUUUUGAUAUGUUCUACACCAAAAUCGACCCAAGUCUUAUGCUGAGCAAUAAUACACUAAUCCGAUUCCACGUGGCAAUGCUAAACGGGAAGUUUGAUAUGAUGGCUGACGGAAUACAAUCAAUCGAUAAAAUUGUGUGCGCCGCGCAUCUGGAUGAGGUGGAACUAAUUGAGAUGUGGUACUGGGAAUUUCUGGAAUCCAAUCCGUUGGCGUCCACUGGAUAUCAAAAAAUGAUCGAUCGAUAUUUUCCUGGCUCAAAAGCUGAGGUGCUCCGGUUCGCUGCAAUUUUCACUGCAAUCGCGAUAUCAGAAAAGCUGAAAAUUCUGGAAAUUCUGGAAUUUUGCGAAUUUUCAAUUUUUGGGAAUACGGUUCCGAAAAUUGGGGAUUCGAGGAAAAUCGAUAAACUAAAAUGUGCAAAUAAAGAAAUGAUAUAUUCAUUUGAAGUUGGAAGUUUUACAGUGAUUUUCAAUUUUGGGAUUGAUGAUUUCGACGUCUUCUGGAUUCAGAAUCGAAAAUCGCUGACAUUUUACGAUUAUCUCCUCAAGCGAUAUCUCCAAAGUUAUGGUUAUCUGGAACUUCGAAUUCAAUUAUUCACUGAUUUAUUGAUUGGAAACCGACAAAUCGAUAAAAUCACAGCCAAGGAGCAGAGGUGUUGGCUGGAAGUCCCGGCUCCUCAAAAUACUAAAAAAUCGAUAGGGAUUUUGAAUUUUUCUGGAAGAUCCUAUGAUUUUCCAAACGUCCAAUCUCCAGAAAUUUGCUUGGAAAAUUCGGAAUUUUUCGAGAUUAUGGCUCAGAAGCUGGGUGAAGCGGAAGUUGUGAUUUUGAAGGAUUUGAAGAGUAGGCGCCGCUCCCCUGGCAUAUCUAGGCCUUCCUCACCGAUUUUCUCCUAUCAGCAGCGUGGCGCAGUGGAAGCGUGCUGGGCCCAUAACCCAGAGGUCGGUGGAUCGAAACCACUCGCUGCUAGAACCUUUUUUGCUUUUUUGUGUGUUACGAUGAUUUAUUGGAAUUCCAGAAUUUGGGAAACCACGCCUCCUGGAAAUCCUACAGUUCGAAAACUUAAAAUCUAUGGAGAUCACGAAGAAGAUUCUGGAAAUCCCCGAAAAAAAUCUCCGUGA